AUGCCUGCGACGCUGGAAGACCCGAGUGCGCCUGUCAUCUUGCGAACAUCAGGGAGUGCACCGUACCCGCCGCCGGGUGGCCCACUGCCCGUCGGCGUCGCUCCUCGUCAGGUGACUUUGCGAGAUCGUGUCACAACUGCAACUGUUAUACCAUUCUCAGCGCCUAAUCAAGUUCCUAUUACUCUCCUCGCGUAUCUCUGCGACCAGUUGGGGCGCGAGAUUGAGAAGGGCGACACAUAUCCCAUUGUCGAUCCGCUGCCACUUGAGAGCUUUGGCCCGUAUUGGUUUGGUGUCUUCGGUGCCAUCGUAUUACUAGGCGAGGUGCAAGAUGGACGGCAGAUACAUGAGAUGGCCCGAAAUGGUUGUGAUUGGGAGAAGGAGUGUCUCGGCAGCUUUUAUAUCAAACCGAACUAUCCGGGUCGAUCAAGCCAUGUGUGCAAUGGGGGCUUCCUGGUUACGGAUGCAUCACGGAACCGUGGCGUCGGUCGGCUUAUGGGGGAGAUAUAUCUAGACUGGGCACCGAAACUGGGUUACACAUAUUCUGUAUUCAAUCUCGUCUACGAGACUAACGUUGCUUCCUGUCGAAUAUGGGAUGCCCUAGGCUUCAAGCGACUUGGACGUGUCAAAGGCUGUGGCAAUCUGAAGUCAUAUCCAGGCGAGCUCGUCGAUGCCAUCAUCUACGGUAGAGACCUUGGGCAAGACGACGACUUUGUAUCAGAAGAACGAUUCGACAAGAUCCGGUUCUACCUCAAGAACGGAAAGUACCCCCAUGGCGCCGAUCGAGCUGAGAAAAGCCGCCUUCGCAGUGCUGCGACACACUACAAACUAUACCCCGCCACCUCCUCAGGCCCAGAACGACUGAUGCUCAAGGGCAAAGAAGUCAUAUCGGACCCACAACGCCAGUACGAAAUCGCCCGCGACGUGCACCACCGCGCCCACGGCGGCAUCAACAAAACCACCGCCACAAUCGCAGAGUCCUUCCACUGGGUCCGCAUCAAGGAGACCGUCAGUCAAGUCAUCCGCAACUGCCCCGAGUGCAGCGAGAUGAACAAGGGCCUCGCCAUCGAGCGCCUGCGCACCGGCCAGCCCACCCGCUGGGCGACCCAGCUCCAGCAGGACUCCUCCCUCGACUCGCAAACCACGUCGCCUCUCUCCCAGCAGCAACACCAGCACUUUGCAUCCCCGCCGCCCGCUCGGCCGCUCGAGCGCCCAAACUCUCCCAACACACAGCUCCAGCUCGAGGCCGCCGCCCAGCAGCACACCGACUUCUACGACUUCGACGCCCAGCACGCCUCCUUCGAUCUGCCCGUCGACCCCGCGCUCAUGAACGGCGUGCCGCAGCCGCUGGGCCUGGAAAACCUUCCCCCCUCCCCGUUCCUCAACGCCAGCCAGAAUCUCACGCAGGCCAUGCCGAACAUCCCGAAUAUGGAUCUGCGCGCCGCGGACGUGUCGCACAUGCACGCGCAGGACAUUGACGACGUGACCAUGGACGGGACCUCCGAGCGCGCGCCCACCGCGCGAGAAGAGCUCCGCCGGAGACUGACGCGCGCUGGGUACGCGAAGCAGGCGAGCGGGUGA